AUGAACCAGAGGCCCCUCCUGCCGUGCCGUCGCGCCGCUUGUCCACCGCCUCGCCCCUUCGGCCACUGGUCGUCGCGGCCAGCCACUCGCGCUCUUCCGCGCCUCUUCCCUCGUCGCGGCGAGCUUGAGCUCAUCCCCAGUAGCUCGCGUCGUCGACAUCAGCAGCAGCUCCGACAUAGAGCUCUCUCGCCGGGCGUCUCUGGCGGUCUUCGCCGGAUCCCAGCACCCCUCCUCCAUCAUCUCCAAGCUCUAUCUCCCUUCCCCAGAUAUACCCCUCCACCUCGGCAAUUCAAAGUCACUGAUCAAAGUGUGGAUGGGAAGAUUGUGUACCGUUCGUGGACUAUUGAAGACAGCCACAAGGUGACUGAUCGAGACAGCCCAAUUCCCGAAGUUCCCCCACGAUUUCAAGCAGUCAGCGUGCUAGCUCGGUUUCACAGGGUGAUCACCGGCCAGGUUGGACCCACGAUGCGGUCCCGGACUAUUGAGAUGACUUCUCCAGCUCCAUCUCCAUCACAGCAGCCUGCUCAAAUUCAACACCAGUUGUAUCACCUGAGAGCAGGCAGCAAAGAGGACUCGUCUCCAGCAACCGGGCUCAUCUUCACGACCACAGAGGCAGAGUUAUUCUUCAGCACCUGCACCAUCCACGACACCACGUCGUACUACCCCAGUUGCAAGCAAGAAGAAGGCUGA